UGGCGGAUGGCCGAUUAUGUUCGCUUUCGUGCGAGAAAUAACACAUUUUGAAGGGUUUGCUGAAGGGAAUCUACCUUGAGUACUUUUAAAUAAAAAAAGAAGCUUUUUAAUAGCGGAAGUGUAAAAUAUUUUUUCUUAGAAACGACGUUUUCCUGGAAUCAUCACAGUGUUGCUUUCUGAGAAGUGAUGGACGUCGUCUGAUUGGCCUUCUUGUGGAGUAUACGUCAUGGUUAUUCCCGAGGAAGAAACGCAACGACAAGGGAAAGGAAAAAAUAAACGCAAAGGUAAGGGACGUGGAAGAGGACGAGGAAGAGGACAAGAUUUACCAUCUAACCCUGGCAGGACUGAACAUGUUGGGAAGGCUCCUGAGGAGGAAAGGAAAACAACUGAGGAGGAGCCAGGUUGUAUAAAUCGUACGGAUUCAACAGCUGAUUUUGAUGAGAAACCUGCCGCUGGUGCGUGCGGUAAUUCGACAAAUGGUACCGUUGUUGAUAAAGUAGGACAGGAGGAAAUCUUCCCCUCUGCCAGCGGAGAGACGACAACAGUUGAGGAACACAGUCAAAGGGGAAGUUCUUCGGGUGAAACACCAUCAAAGUCUAAAAAGACCAAAGGAAAACAACGCGGUACACAAUCAAGUCCUCCUGACGAUAAAGGCAAAGCUUCCACUUUGCCUCCGGGUGCAGCAGCAGCUGAUGCUUCAUCAACGAAAACUGUUGGUGGUACCACCCCAUCUUCAGCUGCCGUUACAAGCAGUACUGCGGCAGUGGACAGAGAAGUUGAAGAUGUGACUAAAAAGCUAGGUUCUUCUCUGGGAAGUGGAGAACACACUCCUCGUCAGACUCAAGCAAACAGUGGAAUGCAUCCUCCUCUGAGACCAGGCUAUGGCACAAAGGGUCGCCCUAUAGCAUUAAGGGCAAACUUCUUCCGCCUCAAUGUCUCACCGCAGCUUUCAGACCUGUACCACUACGAUGUUGAAAUAACUCCAGAAAGAUGUCCUAAAAGUGUUAAGAGAGAUAUUGUUAAUGAAAUCAUAAAGAAGCACAAACAGACAACAUUUCAAGGCCAUCAUCCAGCUUUUGAUGGUGAAAAGAAUUUGUACAGCAGGAUAAAGCUACCUGUUCCUGCUGAACUUAGUGUUAAACUACCAGGUGAAGAUGGAGGAAGAGACAGGGUUUUCAAGGUUAAAAUUCAGUUUGCUGCAGCAGUAAGUCUUUUGGAACUUAACAACUUUUUGAGUGGAGAACAAAAUGGCAAAAUACCUCAGGAUGCAGUACAGGCAUUGGACAUUGUGGUGCGACAGAUGCCAUCAAUGUAUUACACCCCUGUUGGAAGAUCAUUCUUUCCAUUUGAUGGUCAAGGAAGACCCCUGGGAGAGGGGUGUGAGGUGAAAUUUGGUUUUUAUUCAAGUAUUCGCCAUUCUGAGUGGAAGGCUAUGCUGGUAAACAUUGAUGUCUCUGCAAAAGGAUUUUACAAAGAGCAAGCUGUUGUUCCUGAUUUCCUGUGUGAAGCACUUGAUGUGAAACCCCAUAAUCUUGAAGACUACAGAUUUGAACCUGACAGACGAAGACUUGAGAAAGCCAUACGUGGAAUUCGUAUACAAACCACUCAUGCUGGCACUAUAAAGAGGAAGUACACAAUUUGGGGCGUGUCGGAAAAAUCUGCCGACAGGAAACAGUUUGAUGUAACAGAUGAGGGAACAGGUCGCACUUACAAAACAACUGUUGCAGAUUAUUUUAAAGACAGAUACCGGUUAAUUUUGAGGUACCCUCACCUACCGUGUUUACAAGUUGGACAGAAAAAGGACAGGUAUCUGCCCAUGGAGGUCUGUACCAUUAUUCCUGGUGUAAGAAAGCAUUUGUCUGAACAACAGACUGCGAACAUGAUCAGAAGUACUGCUCGCCCUGCGCCUGAGCGACAGCGUGACAUUCAACACUGGGCCCAAGAAAUGACUCGAGCAAGUAGUAAAUACUUAAGAGAUGAGUUCCAAACCUCAGUCAGCACAGAGAUGGUUAAGGUGGAAGGACGUGUGCUUCCACCACCCAGAAUCAACCUUGGGCCGCAGGAUCAGCCAUUGACUCCUCGUGAUGGUUCAUGGGACAUGCGCAACAAAUCGCUGCAUGAUGGAGCCCGCAUUGAAAAGUGGGCAUUGGCUUGUUUUUGCAGGAGAUGUCGGGAAGACCAGCUGAGAAAUUUUUCUAAGCAAAUGGGCAAUGUAUCCAGUCGACAGGGUUUGAGGAUGUCAGAGGAGCCAGUUGUUGUGAGAUACGGCAGGGAUGCCAGAGAGGUAGAGAGUUUGUUUUCUAAAUGGGUUGUGGACAUUCCAGGCCUACAACUGAUCAUGGCUAUUCUGCCCGAGAGAGACAAACAAAUCUAUCCGGAGAUAAAACGUGUCGGAGACAAUGUCAUUGGAAUUCCAACGCAGUGUGUUCAGUCAAAACACGUAAACCGUACCAACCCCCAGGUUUGCGCCAACAUUGCGUUGAAGAUUAACUCCAAACUUGGUGGAAUUAAUCAUGUUAUAGAUCCAGGUGUAAAGUCGCCUGUUUUCAGAGAACCUGUUAUUAUCUUUGGCGCCGACGUCACCCACCCCUCCCCGACUGAAAAUGGAAUUCCUUCCAUUGCUGCUGUUGUAGCGAGCAUGGACGCUAAUGCCACUAAGUACUGUGCACGAGUGCGAGCACAGAACCACAAGAGUGGUAAAGGUGCGCAAGAGAUAAUAAAUGACUUGGCGGUUAUGGUGAAAGAGCUUUUAAUUGAGUUUUACAAAGCCAAUCGGAAGCUUAAGCCUAGCAAGAUCAUCUUCUACCGGGACGGAGUCAGCGAGGGUCAGUUUGACCAAGUUCUUGUUCAUGAGGUGCGGGCUGUACAACAGGCCUGUAUUAUGCUUGAAAAAGAUUAUCGCCCGAGAAUCACUUUUGUUGUGGUUCAGAAGCGCCAUCAUACGAGAUUGUUCUGUGAAAACCAACGAGAUGAAGUUGGCAAAGCAAGGAAUGUUCCUCCUGGUACAACAGUGGACAGCGGUAUCACACAUCCGUAUGAAUUCGACUUUUAUUUGUGCAGUCAUUAUGGAAUCCAGGGAACAAGCCGACCUACACACUAUCACGUGUUGUAUGACGAUAACUCAUUCACAGCAGACGGCCUUCAGCAGCUCACAUACCAGUUAUGUCACGUGUACGCACGGUGCACACGCAGUGUUUCUAUGCCAGCCCCCGCCUAUUAUGCCCACUUGGUGGCUUUCAGAGCCAGACACCACGUGACCGGAAAUGGAGGUAUCGACCUGGUGAAGUCUGCAAAAGCCAUCGAAGUCAACGCAAAGAUGAAAGGAGCCAUGUACUUUACUUAGCUAUUCAGCGGGAGUAUGAUGUGCACAUGUGCAAUUUAACGUAUUGGCAAUGACGAAAACAACGAAAGAUGGCAACUGUUUUGUUGUGUUAUAAUUGUUAUAAAUUAGUACUGUACCUCCCGGGAAUAAUCAAAGUCUAACUUCUCUUUACGAUUCAUGUAUGUUGUCUUACAAACAGUUUAGGAGAUUAGACAUGCUUAUUAGCCGGAGUGAUUUCUGAUAUAACACCAUAUUAACCAGUCUCAAUCAGAGGGAAUUGUAUAAUUGCAUGUCAGUCAGAAGAGAGAAUUACUGCUUGGAUCUGGGAAUUAAAUGGUCCAACCAGAAUUAGCUAAAAAGGCGAUUAUUGCCAGGAAGACGUUAUUUAAAUAACUGCUCGUGUUCUCCUUUUUUGUUAAAAAUGAAAAAGGGUUGGGCUGCUUAGAGGUAUCACGCUUGAUUUUAGCAAAAUUUUAUUGAAAAAAUGAAGUAAACUAGAUUCAGUUCAAUUGUUAUUAUUAUCAAAACAGUUUGUAUAAGAAAAAUGUAAAUGGAAGAGACUAUGCCUCCUCAUGAAUGUUACAUGUGGUGAUAGAAAAGACUAAAUGUAUUAAAAUGGUUGUUUGACAUA